GAGCAACCAACACGAUUGCUUGCUGUGUCUGAAGCAUGCGAUGCAGAAUCCGAAAUCCGUGCUUCGUGUAACAGAAGACGCUCACGGUCUUUCGAGCGUCUGUUCCUGUUUCAUGAGUAGUUAUCCGAAAUCGCGAAUACUGGCAUUGCAGCUGUUAGUUCAUGUGCUGGAGUUAAGUGCUAGUAGUCAUGCUCUGAUUCUUGAAGCUUUGACAACAAUCCGUGUAGUUUUUGGAGAACCCGUACGGUUCAAGUUUCUUGUGGGACUUUUGCAAGGCAGUAUCGACUCUCCACCAGUAUUUCAGACUGCGGCCUUGAAAUUUCUGAAUAUUCUUUUGAAAAAGAGUCCUCGUCCUGCCGAUCGAAUAAGACUUCAGUGUGAGCUAGAAGAAGCCGGACUCGACAUCGGGGCUCUAGAAACGGAACUACGAUCUCGAUGCAUUCCAUGCACAGAUUCAGUAUGGUCUGAAAUCGAAACAUGGAGAACAACAUAUCUAGACAUGGAAAGUGUUGCAGGUGGUAAACAAAAUCUUGAAACGGAGAACGAACGUCUCCAGAAAGAAGUUGAAAUUCUUCGACAAGCACUUCAGAAACUGGAAGAAGAUAAAAUCAAUUUGAUGCAGAUAGAGAUGGAGUUGAAAGAAAAAUGUGAAGACUUGAAUGAAGAAGUAACAUCACUGAAAACUGGAAUAAAAAAGGCCACCUCUGUGGCAGAAAUACAUCCAACAGAUAUCACAAGCAAUUUCUUAAAUGACGAUGACGACGACCUUCUACUUUCUGGUGACAGCAGACAGUUAGGAACAGAAGAAAUUUUCAUAGACGUUCCAACUAUUCGACCUCCCAAGGGUUUUCGAUCUGACAAUUCUUGCUACAGUGAUCCAAAAAACUCACCAAAUUUAAGUAGCAAGUCCAGUUCAUUCAGUAACUCACCACCAUCAUUGAAAAAUUCUUUUCAGACAAGCAAGACCAAUUUUAGUUCCAAAAGAGACUUUGAAUCAAAAAUCUACAGCUCUGACAAAGAAUCUGCAGAUUCAGCACUCAGCGAAUCUGAAUCGGAUAGCGGGAUCAACUGGAGCUAUCCGGACAUAUCAGAUUCUCGCACGGGCCAUCAGAAAAGUCACAUCUAUAAGUUCAAGGAAGACAACAAGAGUAUUUCGACACGGCUUCACCCAAAAAUUAAUUCUAAACACAUUGUUGCACCACGAAGUCGCUCCGAAGACAGGAGAGAGACCAGCAAAACACAAAAUUUUAUAGAAUGCAAAACAAAAGUUGUUGAAUCAAAUUUUUUUAUGUUGCAUCCUACCCGUACAGACCUGGGAGCUAGGAUACCUACUAAUGAAAUUAAUGGUAAAAUUUCCAAGUAUUCAGAAGAACGAUCAGCUGCCAUUAUACCUUCCUAUCAACUACCUGUGGCUUACAGAAGCAAUUUCUUAAAAAGAGGGCACAGCAACUGUGAUUUAUAUUCUGGCGUUAACAGUGGAAGACUGGAAAAAGUGCCUCCGAUUCCAUCUCCAGAUUACAAUGAAGGAAUCUCUGUCGCUGCUUCUGGAGGUACGAUCAGUGCGCUGGUUCACAGAGAAAUCACUAAAGCUGUCAAACAAAUCAGUGGGUGGAUCUGAAACAAAGUGAUGAACAAGAAUUAUGAUAAUUUUAUAUUUCAAAAUCUAAAGGUAUCUCGAAUAGUAUGAACAAAGCUUCGAUAUCCUGAACAUGUUUGCGAGUCCAGCACAAAGAUACGUUACUUUUGUUUUGGUAAUAUAUUUUCAUGAGCAAUCCUAAAAUGUAAUCAGUUUCAUUUCCAUGAAGUGCAGAAUACACUUUCAAAGGUCUUGCACUGCCAAGUUUUGUACUCUUUUUAAUUUUGUUAUGCUUUUGCAUAAACAAUAAUUGAAUUUUUGAAAUUGUUCAGAUUAAAGCAAUGUGUACGUACAUAAAAUUAACAUGGGAAAAGAAACUGGAUGUAUUGUAUUUUUCAGACAAUAAAAUGCACCAGGGUUUACUAUAUGUAAAACCAGAUAAUUAGUAAGAUAAACUUCAAUUUUAAAUAAAAAGGUGCACUUUAUGGUCCAAAAAAGACUGUGGUUUUUAAAUGCAGGACAAACUCGCCACUCAUGAGUUUUACAAAGUUCAGAGAAACUGAAUUUGAAUGAAGUUUUAAACUACUAUGCAAAUUAUUUCACAAUUAUGUAAUAAAAAGUCUAUAUGUACCCCCACACACAAACAUUUUAUACAUGCAUUAUGUGGGCUUUAGAAUUUUGAUGAAAACAACGGUUUUUUCAGAAAUGUAUGCAUAUAUGUAUGAAUGCACAUAUGCGUGUGUGUGUUUGUGUGUGGGGGUACAUAUAGACAUACAUUUCUAAAUCCAAUCCUGAUAACAGAAAAGCACCAAAAUGACACCGUAGUUUACAUCAUAUAUAAAAACAUUUUUUAAAGGCUUUGCUUAUUUUUUAAGUACUUAUUAUGUGUUAAAAUAUUUGGUAACUGCAUAUGUGCAUACAAAUUGAACAUAUAAAAAAUUUAUUUAAUAAAAAAUUUACAUACAUUCAAAAAUAAACAUCAAGAUCCAAUGCAACUUUAAAAAAAAUCCACAUCAUUUUUUUGAAGGGAAAUAAUACAAGAUUAUUAUGAAAAAGAAAUGCAACAGAUGUUUAUGUUGCACAUAUCGUUUAAAUAUGUACUUAACUGUGUAAUGUAAUACUAAGCCUGAAAACUAAGAUAAAAAAUGGAUUCUCAUGUAUUAACUACAAAGCAAUACUGCAUCUUAUAUCUACUC